GUUAAAACAGUGAGAAAUUCCAUGAUUUAUAACGAGGGAGAGAUGCAUCGUGUUCCGUAUCUGGAGCCGAGAUGUUUUUAUGUGCUUUUGGACUGAAUCGUAUCUAAAUCCAACAAGGGCCUCGUUUUACGUCAUACAUCCGACAGCAUCUCCUCCAUUCCUCGGUGAAGAUGCGGUGGUUGUUAGUUGGUAGAUCAAGGAGGAAGCCGGUGUCACUCCACUGCCUUCUCAUCGCGUCUGCAACUUUCACCGGUAUCGGCAUCUUAUUCCUCACUCUCCGUUCUCUCGACGAUCCGACUCCGUCAUCAUUCACCACACACCACUUCACUACCACCGUCACUCAACCGGAAGAUGAAAAGCAAAUUACAAAAACCAAAGGAUGCGCUACGGUGGAAGAGAUGGGCGAUGAUUUCCGAGGUGGAUUUCUUGAGCAGAGUCUCCGCGUUAGAAAUAUCAUUCAACGUCACUUCGAUCUUAACGGUGCUGCUAGAAUCCGAAGUCUUCCACCAGAGGAAUUCUGCAGACAAAGAUUUGUGAUCGCAAAAGCAUCAGAAGCAGGUUUUGGAAACGAAAUGUACAAGAUUCUAACAGCAGCAGCAUUGAGUGUAAUCUUGAACCGAUCACUGAUAAUUGGACAAACCAGGGGAAAAUAUCCUUUUGGGGAGUACAUAUCGUAUACCAAUACUUCUUUCACCCUGAAUGAAGUCAAACAUCUAUGGAGACAAAAUGGAUGUUUGACCACUUACGGGAAGCAUUUGGUUAUGAGAAUUGAUGAUUUUCAAAGGCCAUUAAAGACAAAUGUUCUUUGUAGCAAUUGGAGGGAGUGGGAAGAGCCUAUAAUAUGGUUUCAGAAUACUACAGAUGCAGUGGCAGCUCAGUUUUUUCUAAAGAAUGUUCAUGUUGAGAUGAGAAAGGCUGCUUCUGAGCUCUUUGGGCAACCUGAAAACACUCAUAGGCCUAAUGUGUUUGGGGAGUUGAUGAGAAUUCUCAUAUCUCCUACAGAAAAAGUAAAGCAAGCUGUUGAUUUGGUUCUUGGUGGAGGGUUGGAUCCUGAUAUUACAUUGCAUAUGAGGAUGCUUAUGAACAGGUCUGUGAGAGCAUUACAAGCAGCAUUGGAUUGUACAAGAAAAGUGAUGCAGAAUGCACAAUUAGGUUCCAGACCUAGGUUGGUUUUAGUUUCAGAUACUCCCUCAUUGGUGGAGGAUGUGAAAUUAAAUUUUGAUAGUUUUGCAGAGGUUGUUCAUUUUGACUAUGAAAGUUAUGAUGGAGAAUUAAGUGGCCAAAACCGUUUGCAUAAUUUAAAUUUUAGGACAAAGGAUUGGGGACCCGCACCCAGAUGGGUUGCGUUUGUCGACUUUUUUCUUGCAUCACGUGCCAGGCAAGCGGUAAUUUCUGGGGCCCACAGACGUGUUGGGACAACCUACGUACAGUUGAUUGCUGCUUUAGCCGCUGCAAAUUCAGCUGAUAAUGUUGGUGGUAAUUCGAGUUUCUCAUUCUUCAGUAGUUUUCAGAGUACUCUAAUUUCAGAAGGAUUGAGUAAUCAGGUAGGUUGGGGGCAUAUUUGGAAUAGAUUUUCAGGUCCCUUAAGUUGUGGAAACCAAACGAAUCAAUGUGCUUACACACCAUUGUUACCUUCUGCGUGGUGGGAUGGUUUGUGGCAAUCGCCUACUCUUCGGGAUAUCCGUAAAAUGGAAGCUUAUGGCAUUCGAUUAUCGGGAUUUGGUACAGUUGAUGAAAAUCAACUUCUUUCUUUUUGUAACACUAGGAAAGAAUUUGGGAAAUUCGUUACCCUUGUAUAAAUGUAUUUUUUUUCAAGUUUAAUGAAAAGUGACAUCACGAUAUUUGAUUUA